GUCAAUAUUACCCUCCGAGGUUUGCAACUCCUAAUGAGGCAGCGGCUUUUGAAGCUGAAUGUACGAAGACUGUAGCACAGCUCCUUGCCUUGUGUUUUCCACCUGCUGCCGAUUCUACGCGUUACCAUUGCUCUGGUCGGAUCGUCUCGGUUGAUUCUUCUAUGCAGUGGUAUUACUUGGGUUGUGCGCUUUGUUCCAAAG